CAAAGUGAGUUUGGUUAACGCGUGUCUCGGCUUUAUGUUCCCGCAGCCGUGAGUGCGGCGAGGACCGCUCUCCCCUCUCGGUCGGUCCGCCUCCCGCUUCCCGCUGACUUCACCAGCGAGUCCCGGUUCGCUCAUUUGUUGCCAGUGGGCUGCUGCUAGCUUUAGCUCCCAUCACCCAUCCCGACCACUCGCUAGCGGGCUAACUGUCCGUCUCUGACUGUCCGCACAACUCCCGGAGACACGGAUCUACGUCGACUGUCGGACUACCAGUGAGCUACUGAAUGUAAAUGGCGAAUACGAUGCCAGCCCCAAAGAGAGGAUCAUCUCCUCAUGAAUCUCAGCCCAAGAUGAGGAAGUUGGAUGAUGAUGGGGAGGAUCUGCCUUCCAAAACUGCACCAGCUUCCAAUAACAGGUCCCUUAAAACAGGAAAUACGCGAGAAAAUGUAACGGCCCCACGGACUAAGAAAAAACUGUGUACUUCUGCGGAAGGGGGAAAUAUACCCUCCAAGUCAUCCCAACAGAGUUCCUCUCCAAAGGAUUCCAGCAAAACCAUUUCUGACCCGCCCGUCAAAAAAGCCAAGCUACUGAUAGCCACAAGUGCCUCCUGCGGAGAAGCUCCCUCACAGAAAGCUAACCCCAAAGCUUCCCUGAAACGGACAGCCUCCACAGAGUCCGAGGAUGAUUUGAGUAGUGACAGUAGUAAGACUGAGUUCUUCAGAGAGAGGGAUGAUGACGACAAGUCCUGCUGCAUCAGAAAGUAUUCUAAUCGGGUCAAAGCUAAGCGCAGGGUUGAAGAGUCAGCGCCCGACACACAGGCGACGACCAGCGGGUCGCCAUCUGCACCUGGAGACCCUGUUCAGAUGGACCACAAUUAUGGUAGAUUUUCCGAUUCAAGUGUGGGAGAGGAGAAUCCGGAUGAGAAAAAAGAAUCUGCACUGUCUGACACUGAGCAACAGAGACAAGACAUGUCAGUUAAUGCCACACAAGCAGAGUCUAAGGACACCAUUGUCUCUAUCAGAGGGAGUGCAGAAGCUAGCAUUGGAUUCAAGUGUGCAGCCGAUGAAAGUAAAUAUGAGGAAUUAACAAAUCCAGACAGCCAACAGCUCACAGAUGAUGACACACAAACAUCAUGUAGAGAAAUAUUGGACCCUGUUACUGCAACAGCUGCCGGUUCGCCUUGCAUCACAUCCAAUGUAGAGGAUAAUGAAAAGACGGACUUUGCGGCCAAAAGCCAAAAGGAUGUAGUUAAGGAAUCUCUUUCAACGUCAGCGGAAACACUGUAUUCUGUUACUGUGGAGGAAAAUCCAGGCUGUGACGGUGAAGUACAGGUAGAUGAAAGGACAUCUUGUCAAAGUUGGCCGGAGGUGAGCAGUGAAACUGAAACAAAGGAGACGACAGAGUCUGGUUCUGAGGAGAUAAAGCUGGAUAUCAAAUGUACAAGUCAGCAAGGAGAAAAUAAAGUGCCGGAAGUGAUUACAGCAGCCAGUGUCUCUGCAGACCACAUCGAUGUAGAAGAUAAAGCAUUGGUAAACAAAACAAAUUCAUCACCAGAAACGAUCCUGGUAGAAGGCAGUAAUCCACAAAGUCAGAGUGAGGAAAGUCUAACACCAGAGACCCAAACAGACCUCAGUGUCAAAAUUCAAGUUACCUUCAAAGAGGAAUCAAAAUCGGAGGAUCAAGUGAGCCAUGAAGUACCAGCUACAAUUACCAACUCAUGUGAUGGUGUGAACAAACUAGUCGGAGAGUCGAAAGAAAAGCUUGAAGAAAGUGAAAGGCGAGACGUUGAGUUCCUGUCGACUCGGGCUGCUGUCGGUCCUGGGUCUGUUGCUGAGCUACAACUGAGCCAAGAGGUGCUGGACACAACAACUGACAGCCAGAGUGAAAUACUGACGUCAGAUUCUGAUUUGGUUCCAGAGCAAAAUCAAAGCGAGGUGCUCCCCGAUUGUGUCGCAAUCUCAACCGUUCCCACUGACGUGGACAUGCCGACUAAAAUAACACCAGAGGAGAGAUCUGACUCUGCACCUAAAGAGGAUAAUCAAAACCAGGAAGACCACACUCCAGGAAUACACGUUAAAGUCAAAGAAGAUGCAAUGACGAGUCAAGAAAACGAAAUGGAGACAAACUUUGAACGUGCCCCUGCGACACCAGAGCAGGAGAUUUCGAAUCAAGUGGUUACAGCGGAAAUACAAAGCCAGAAUAACCAGGGUGUCUGUGAACGCUCCACAGACACUUCUACGGAAUGUAAUGAGGAGCAUGCGUUUAAUCCUAAAAUAAUUGAAAAUGAAGAGGAGAACUUGGAAUGUACUAGUAGUGAAACUGAGAGACCGACCACGAUGGCAUCAGAGAUUUCUAAACGCAUCACAUCUACAGUGGAAUUACAAAGCCAGGAGAAGCAAGAAGACAGUGAACGCACCACGGACAUGUCUGACAAUGCAGAGAAACAUCCAGUUGCAAAUUGUCAGAACGCCAAAGAUGAAGGUGGGGUCGGUGCUGAAUAUGUUGCUGCUACUGAGAGUCAAAUAGAAGAGAAAACAUCAGAAGAGACUUCUAACAUUGUAGUAGAAAUAAUAAAUCAGGACAACUGUGCAUCUGCUGAACGUCAUGAUGAUCAUAUGGUUGAAAUUAUGGAACAAGAAAAUAUGAAACAUGAGGAAGAAAACAAGCUGAGCUUUGAAUCAGUGACUGUAACAGAGAGUCAAAUGGAAAUGGAAAUGCAGACUACAUCGACAUCAGAGGUUUCAAAUCAAGACGCUUCAGUGGAAAUGAAGAAAAGCCAAGUAGAAGUGGACAUGCAGACUACAACCACAUCAGAGAUAUCUAACACAGCGGCGACAGUGGAAACAUGUCAGGAACAUCAAAACGAAGUGAAAGGGGAGACUGCGACAAAAUCAGUGGAUAUUUUUAACAUGGCACCGACAGUAGAGACGCAGGACCAGAAAAGCCAAGAAGUUAUUGAACCUGUGAAAGACCUAUUGAUGAAACAUCAUGAAGAAGAAAACAAGCUGAGCUUUGAUUCUGUGACUGUAACAGAGAGUGAAAUGAAAAUGCAGACUACAUCGACAUCUAAGCUUUCACAUCGAGAGGCUUCAGUGGAAAUGGAAAAAAGCCCAAUCGAAGUCGACAAGCAGACUACAACCGCCGCAGAGGAGAUAUCUAACACAGGACAGAAAGUGGAAACAUGUCAGAAACAUCAAAUUGAAGGGAAAGGGGAGACUGCGGCAAAAUCUGUGGCGAUUUCUAACAUGGCACCGGCAGUAGAAACACAGGAUCAGAAGAGCCAAGAUGGCAUUGAACCUGCAACGGACAUAUUGACGAAACAUGAAGAAGAAAACAAGCUGAGCUUUGAAUCUGUGACUGUAACAGAGAGUCAAAUGGAAAUGCAGACUACAUCAACAUCUGAGCUUUCACAUCGAGAGGCUUCAGUGGAAAUGGAAAAAAGCCCAAAAGAAGUGGACAUGGAGACUUUAACCGCAUCAGAGGAGAUAUCUAACAAACCAACAGUAGAAACGCAGGACCAGAAGAGCCAAGAAGUCAUUGAACCUCCGACAGACCUAUUGACGAAACAUCAUGAAGAGGAAAACAAGCUGAACUUUGAAUCUGUGACUGUAGCAGAGAGUCAAAUGGAAAUGCAGACUACAUCGACAUCAGAAGUUUCAAAUCAAGAUGCUUCAGUGGAAAUGGAGAAAGUGGACACGCAGACUACAACCGCAACAGAGAAAAUAUCUAUCGCACCACCGACAGUGGAAAUACUAAGUCAGAGAAGUCCAAAUGAAGUGAAUGUGGCGACAUCAGCUGAUAUCUCAAACAUGGCGCCGAUGGCACAAACACAGGCUCGGAGCAGCCAAGAAGUCAUCGAACCUGAAUCUCACGAAUCGGAGAAAGCUCAAGAAGCUCUUAUGAUUCAGACCUCGGACAGAAAUGGAAAUAAAAACAAGGUCAUCACAGAAUAUCUCAUUGCACCAGAAAAUCCAAGGAAAGUGGAUUUGCAAACAACAGCAACACCAGGGGAGACUUCUCAUCAGACGACUACAGUAGAAAUACAAACGGUCAUCACAGAAUAUGUGGAAAUGGAAAAAAGCCCAAAAGAAGUGGACAUGCAGACUUUAACUGCAUCAGAGGAGAUAUCUAACAAACCAACAGUAGAAACGCAGGACCAGAAGAGCCAAGAAGUCAUUGAACCUCCGACAGACCUAUUGACGAAACAUCAUGAAGAGGAAAACAAGCUGAACUUUGAUUCUGUGGCUGUAACAGAGAGUGAAAUGGAAAUGCAGACUACGUCGACAUCAGAAGUUUCAAAUCGAGACGCUUCAGUGGAAAUGGAGAAAAGCCCAAUAGAAAUGUACAAUCAGACUACAACCGCAUCAGAGGAGAUAUCUAACACGGCACCGACAGUGGAAACAUCAUAUCAGAAACGUCAGAUUGAAGGGAAAGGGGAGACUGCGGCAAAAUCAGUCGAGAUUUCUAAUAUGGCACCGACGGUAGAAACACAGGAUCAGAAGAGCCAAGAAGUCAUUGAACCUGCGACGGACAUUUUGACAAAACAUCAUGGGGAAGAAAACAAGCUGAGCUUUGAAUCUGUGACUGUAACAGAGAGUCAAAUGGAAAUGCAGACUACAUCGACAUCUGAGCUUUCACAUCGAGAGGCUUCAGUGGAAAUGGAAAAAAGCACAAAAGAAGUGGACAUGCAGACUUUAACUGCAUCAGAGGAGAUAUCUAACAAACCAACAGUAGAAACGCAGAACCAGAAGAGCCAAGAAGUCAUUGAACCUGCGACAGACCUAUUGACGAAACAUCAUGAAGAAGAAAACAAGCUGAGCUUUGAUUCUGUGACUGUAGCAGAGAGUCAAAUGGAAAUGCAGACUACGUCGACAUCAGAAGUUUCAAAUCGAGACGCUUCAGUGGAAACGGAGAAACGGCCAUUAGAAGUGUACAAUCAGACUACAACCACAUCAGAGGAGAUGUCUAACACAGCACCGACAGUGGAAACAUCAUAUCAGAAACGUCAAAUUGAAGGGAAAGGGGAGACUGCGGCAAAAUCAGUGGAGAUUUCUAACAUGGCAGCGACAGUAGAAACACAGGAUCAGAAGAGCCAAGAUAGCAUUGAACCUGAGACGGACAUUUUGACGAAACAUCGUGGGGAAGAAAACAAGCUGAGCUUUGAAUCUGUGACUGUAACGGAAAGUCGAAUGGAAAUGCAGACUACAUCGACAUCUGAGCUUUCACAUCGAGAGGCUUCAGUGGAAAUGGAAAAAAGCCCAAAAGAAGUGGUCAUGCAGACUUUAACCGCAUCAGAGGAGAUAUCUAACAAACCAACAGUAGAAACGCAGAACCAGAAGAGCCAAGAAGUCAUUGAACCUGCGACAGACCUAUUGACGAAACAUCAUGAAGAAGAAAACAAGCUGAGCUUUGAAUCUGUGACUGUAACAGAGAGUGAAAUGGAAAUGCAGACUACGUUGACGUCAGAAGUUUCAAAUCGAGACGCUUCAGUGGAAAUGGAGAAACGCCCAAUAAAAGUGUACAAUCAGACUACAACCGCAUCAGAGGAGAUAUCUAACACGGCACCGACAGUGGAAACACAGGAUCAGAAGAGCCAAGAAGUCAUUGAACCUGCGACGGACAUUUUGACGAAACAUUAUGAAGAAAACAAGCUGAGCUUUGAAUCUGUGACUGUAACACAGAGUCAAAUGGAAAUGCAGACUACAUCGACAUCUGAGCUUUCAAAUCCACCUGCUUCAGAGGAAAUGGAGGAAAGCCAAAUAGAAGUGGACAUGGAGACUACAACUGCAUCAGAUAUAUCUAACACAGCACCGACGGUGGAAACAUGUCAGGAACGUCAAAAUGAAGUGAAAGAGGAGACUGCGUCAAAAUUAGCCAACAUUUCAAACAUGACAACAACGGUAAGAACACAGGACAAGAAAAGCCAAGAAGUCAUUGAACCUGCAACGGACAUAUUGACGAAACCUCAUGAUGAAGAAAACAAGCUGAGCUUUGAAUGUGUGACUGUAGCAGAAAGUCAAAUGCAAAUGCAGAUGUCAUCGACGUCAGAGGUUUCAAAUCGAGACGCUUCAGUGGAAAUGGAGAAAGUGGACACGCAGACUACAACCGCAACAGAGAAAAUAUCUAUCGCACCACCGACAGUGGAAAUACUAAGUCAGAGAAGUCCAAAUGAAGUGAAUGUGGCGACAUCAGCUGAUAUCUCUAACAUGGCGCCGACGGCACAAACACAGGCUCGGAGCAGCCAAGAAGUCAUCGAACCUGAAUCGGACGAAUCGGAGAAAGCUCAAGAAGCUCUUAUGAUUCAGACCUCGGACAGAAAUGGAAAUAAAAACAAGGUCAUCACAGAAUAUCUCAUUGCACCGGAAAAUCCAAGGGAAGUGGAUUUGCAAACAACAGCAACACCAGGGGAGACUUCUCAUCAGACAACUACAGUAGAAAUACAAAAGCAGAGUAGUCUGAAGGUCAAUGAACUCACGACAGAUGCUGAAGUAGUUGAAGAAAUUGUUGAUGCCAAUGCUGAGAGUAAAGAAAACCCGGAAAAGGUUAUUGCAGAUUGUUUGGAUGCCACUGAGAAUCCAACCGAAAUGGAUCUGCGAACAGCAACACCAGAGGAUAUUUCUUAUCCUCCACCUACAAUGGAAAUACAAAACCCUAGAAGCCAGGAGGUCCAUGAACUCGACACAGAAGUUCAAAACGAUCUAGUGAGCAUAAGUUGUGAGCGUAAAGAAAAUGAAGACACGAUUAAUGCUGAAUGUGUUGAGGGUGCUCCAGUGGUUCAAAUAGGUAUUGAAAUUUCUCCAGCGCCAGAGGAGGUUUCUAAUGCAUCAGAACAGCAAUACCCAGGUAUGGAGGAAGUCCAUAAACAUCCUGUGUUCUUAUCAAAUCAAACCCCCACGCCUCUUCCUAUGGCUGAAAGUAAGGAUAAUGUAAACAUGCAGACAGAGCAGAGUGCAGAUGGUAUCCAAGUGGAUAUGGAUGUAAUAAGUGGAUCAAUAGGAAGGGUACAUUCUGCUUUAGAAGAAGACACAGGGGGGCAUGUGGUUAAUCAUGUUAAAGAAGAGGCUGCAAUCAUGUCCUCUGAUAAGGCUGACCGUGAUGUCGUUGGUAAUAUUGAGGGACACGCAGGAGGAACUGGAAGCAAUGAAGUAAUCGUGUUUGUUUGUGGCCAACCAGAUGCCGUUGAUAUUGUAAUUCAGGCGUCAGAAGGACAGAUUAAGACUGCCUAUCAGUCAGAGGUUGAGAUUCAUGACAACCAGAUGGUGUAUGAGCCCAUUAGUAGUCCGGAAAGUAACGAUGAGAGAGAGAUUUCUACAGCAUCGGAGAACCACAAUGGUUUGUCUUUACUGGACAUGCAGAGCACCCAGCAGAUGGAAGGAGAUUCGCCGACUAAUGAAGGAAACGGUUGUGACCAACAACUGGUCUAUGAGGAAAGCGUUGCGCAACAGGUUUGUGUCUCAGAUGGCCAGGAAGUUGAAAUGGAAGCGCAAACUGUCCGAGUGCCAGAGAGUUGUGUCCCUGCACAGUUGGAGUGGAGUAACAUGAAUGAGGAUGUGAAACAAGUCGCCGUGAUCAGCUCUAGCGAUGACGUCUCAAGGCCAGAUAGCCAGUCAGGAGAUGCCCCAGAAACGAGUGAAAGCAAUGGAUCGCCAGACUGUGUCAGUGCUACAGAGUUUCCUCACCACGGUGACUCUGGACUUCAGGAGGUUUCAGACGUCACAGUGACGACGACUACAGCCGCCGCCACCAAAGUUGAAAUGCCCGAUAGCACAUCUGAAGAGGUUUUGAUCUUGGAACCGAUCCCAGAGGGUGAAAUUCACAUCGAUAUUGUCACUCAAGCAGCGGCCGAAUCAGGUUUGUCUGACUCUUUUUCGGCGCAGGUGGAUCCAGACAGUGCUUUGGAAGGGGACAUGGCAAAUGAAAUGAUUUUAAAUGCUUCCCAACAAACUGUUUACCUUGAAGCAGAAGUGCAGCAAUGUCAAAUGUCUGAUGUGACGUAUACAAGUGAGGUUUUAUAUCAGGGGAGCAGGCUUGAGACCGAAAUUUCAACCGACGGUGUUGAAGUUCUUCAAAAUUCGGACCAAAGCCAGCAGCCAUCAUCCGCCAUGAUGGAUACCUCAGAGAUUGAAAUCGCAAACUCUCACACUCAAGUCACGAAUGAAAGCAGCAAUGUACUGGAGACAGAGAACACGGAGGCUAAUUUGGACCUAAAAGAAGUGCAGAUUCUGGAGGAUAUGGAGAUCGGCCGUGAGAUCGUUGUAGCCGAGGAAGAGAGUGAUGCAGAUAGUGACAUUGCAAUAAUAGAAAAACCCCAGGAAACGCCCAAGGCAGUCCCUCCUAAAGAGUCUGAGAAGAUGGCUGAUGAGAAACCUCAAGAUGACACUUGUGGGACCAGCUUCAAGCAAAACACCACAGCUGAAAAGACUGAAGACGAUAAAAAGAAACGGGAGGCAGAAAAACCGAAGAAACAAGAAAUGAACACACAGGCAAGAACCAAAGCCCGUCUGGCAGCUCUGGCCGAGCAAAAAGCCGCUGCUUCGAAGAGAACGGCAAACCGACAGCAGCUGAACCUCUUAGCGUUGUGUCAGGAGAUCGCAGAGGACAUUGCUACAGACAGCAUGCUGUUGAAGAGGAUAGAAGAGGAGAAAGUGGCGGCGGCGGCCGCAGCAGCCAAGAGCGAAGCCAGUAAGAAGGAAAGUCCACCUGUCGACACACCGGAGGCAGACGGUGCUUUGGUUGCGACUCCUGCCGGACCAGAAGGGAGCUCUGCUUCUGUGACACCUGCUUUGGAGGCAUCGACAACCCAGCCCUCGACGGACGAUUCGGCUAAGGCCAAGCCUCCCGCCGAGCCUGCUGCAGAGCCUCCAAAGAGGCGUUUCUUCGUCACGCAGAUUUGUGUGCCACUGAAAGCCCACGAGAAAAAGAAGCUAACCCGAUAUCAAAGACUGAGACAGGUUGAACUGCAGAGAGAGAAAAUGUCUUGGGCACGUGUGAAGAAACUUAAAUCCGACCAAGCAAAUCAGAUGUUUUCAGACAUGGAUUGGCAAGUACCCCUGUCUGCCUCCUCUCCUUUCUCAGUGCGUCAUGUGACCACGGCUCCUCCGCCUGCCGCAAGUCAAUCAAAAACACCUCUCCCAAGUCCUGCCUCAACCAGCAAGCCUGCAACACCCCCGGCAGAAGUCCCGAAGGUUGAACCUCCGAAGCUUGAACCUCCGAAGCUUGAACCUAGUACGACUGACCCCACUAAAACGGAAACCUCCCAAAGCGAACCCACUAAAUCUGAACCUGACAAAGCUGAAGUCUCCAAAACUGGGACUCCGAAUACUGGAACACGUAAAUCCACAAGGCAAACUAAGGCUCAAACUCAGAAGGAGACCCCUGCUGCAGUGCCCGUCCCAAAAGUGACCAAAUCAGCAGCCAAGAGAGGGCUUCCGGCGGUGCCCCCGCCCAUGCCCAACGGACUGAAUGCGGCGAAACAGCAGCCAGUUGAGUACAAGCCAUACAGACCCAGACCUAAGUAUUCCUUUGCUGACUUUGAACUAGAUGAUGACCCAUUACCAGUAGCUGCGACGAGGCCCGGCCUUCAGUCGAGGCCGAUGCGACCGAACGCCCAGUUAAACCCUGCAGCUCAGUCAAAACCCACAGUUUCAUCACAGCUUGCCAACCAGGCGAAACUCCAAGCUCAGCCCACACCUGCCAGACAGAUCUCAGGUCAGCCAAAUUCCGCCGUUUCAGCGUCGGCUCAGUCAAAGCCUGCCGGUUCCACGACUCCACAGUUAACGCCCGCCCUUGCAACGACACCCCAGUCGAGGGCCUCCGCCACUGCCGCGGCUUCAUCAACACACGGACCGUCGGUUAAAGCACCAUUGAAGUCUCCCGUUUCGACGACGCCCCAGUCGAUAGCUGUGUCGACUCCGGUUCAGCCCAAGCCCGCUGCUUCUGCUUCACCUCAGUCGAAGCCUGCUGGAAGUACAGCUCCGCUCAAGCAAACGGCAUCUCAGGCUGCUGGCUCAACCAAAUCUGAGCCCUCUGCUUCGGCGGCCGAUGUUGGUUCGAUGCCCCGGAAAAUCCCAAAUGCACCACCAUCAUCAGAAGACGGCAAAUGCAAGGAUGCAGCUGAUCCCACCUCUGCCGUUUCUCCUGAGAACAGCUCAAAAGAGUCAGAUGACACACUGAAGAGUGAAGAAAAGCCUGCAGUCACUGGUGUUGAUCCUUCUCCGGAGAAGAAGACGGAAGCAGUCGAUUCAGCCGAGAAGACGUCGAAAGCACCUCAAGAGAGAGCAGCGGAGCCGCAGGAUGGCAGGACUCCUCUCUCGGAUGCCUGUCUGCAAAAAGAAGUCAAGAAACUAAAGGAGGCGGACAAAGAUGGCACCCAAACCAUUAUUGAUGCAGGACAGAAGCAUUUCGGAGCCGUGGCCUGCAGCGUGUGUGGGAUGCUCUACUCUGCUGCCAACCCUGAAGAUGAAUCCCAACAUUUACUCUUCCACAACCAGUUCAUCAGCGCUGUCAAAUAUGUGGGAUGGAAAAAAGAGAGGAUACUGGCGGAGUAUCCUGACGGCAAGAUGAUUCUCGUCCUGCCGGAUGAUCCCAAAUAUGCUCUGAAGAAGGUGGAGGAGAUCAGGGAGAUGGUUGACAACGACCUCGGCUUCCAGCAGGUGGAGACCAAGUGUCCCUCUCAAACCAAGACCUUCCUCUUCAUCUCCAAUGACAAGAAAGUGGGUGGAUGCCUUAUAGCGGAGCACAUCCAAGAGGGCUACAGGGUGAUCGAGGAGCCAGUCCCCGAGGGGUCAGAGGGGGAAAAGGUGAUGUUUGAACGUCAGAGAGCUUGGUGCUGCUCCACCACAGCGGUGCCGGCCAUCUGUGGCAUCAGCCGCAUCUGGGUGGUCAACAUGAUGAGACGGCAGGGCAUCGCCUCGCGCAUGCUCGAGUGCCUCAGGAACGACUUCAUAUACGGCUCGUACCUGAGCAAAGACGAGAUCGCUUUCUCCGACCCCACGCCCGACGGGAAACUCUUUGCCACACAUUAUUUUGGCACCUCUCAGUUUUUGGUGUAUAACUUUGUGAGUGGAACGAACUCGUCCCAGUCCAGCACGGAUGCAGUAUGACCGUCUCCAGUAGAGGUAACAAUGGAUCUAACUGAGACGCCCACUGAGCAACGGGAGGCUCCAUCUCUGCACGCUGUCUGAGGCAGAAUCUGUAUUUGCAUAACCCUUUUUUUUCUUUUUAAAAAAAUGUAAAUUACUCCUUUGAGUGGACACACAUUGGUUUAAAUCUCAGGAUGAAAACAACAAGGUGUUGUUGAACAUUUUUAUUAAUUCACCCCUUUAAUCCCUCCCCGAAUAGUAUUUUGAACAAAAGAGUAUUUUCUUUAUACAUUUUUAAGCAAACGAUUGGUUUCAUUAGAAGUAUAGCGUUGAACUGACGGCAAUAGAAAACAAAGAGCAUUUCAUUGUUUUUUUUAUCGUAAUCCCCGAGAAGCAUAAAGUUGCAUUAAAAUAAAACGUUUAUUUUAGUGCAGGGCUCCAGACUAACUUUUUUAACUAGGAGCACAGUGGCCCCUAACUUAAAAUGUUAGGGGCGCAAGCAGAAAAUUUAGGGGCGCACACAGGGUUUUCCAGGGUCAAAAUUUUUUCACCAUCUAUUCAUACAAUCUAGGUGUUGAGUGAGAGAUCAGCAGCUGACCGCUCUGCCGUGAUGCGCGCACACAUCCGCGCACACGGGUGAGCACACUCCUCACUAGCACCCCCUCCCCCCGUUAACAACUCUUCUCGGCUCGCCCAAAUUUACUUUAUGCAGGAAAAACCCUGCGCACAGUAGAAAUCCACUUGCAAAGUUUUCCCAUCAUUUCUACUGUAUUACUGAUAAAUAAUUUGAAAAUAUACAAUCUUAUGCCUUUUUGCAAUCAUGAACUGCAAAACAUUCACAACAGAGAACUCUUCAGAAGUUACUGUAUUGAGUUUAAACAUAUUUUAAGAGAAAACAUACCUUGAGCAUGUGCAUGUUGCACUUCGAUGUGGCCAAUCAAAACAUUUAUUGGUUUCUAGAGAUGCACCGAUCAGGUUUUUGGUGCCGAUCAGCGAUCACUGAAAUCAGUAUCUGCCGAUCACCGAUAAUACCGAUCACGGUGUCGAUUGACGCAUUCUAUUUAUUGUGGAGCAUUAUUGCUAUGAGGACUAUGAGGAAAUACAUAUAUAAAGCAACUCAAACAUUAAAGAAAUUACAGAUUUCUUUAAACAUUUCGGACUUUUACUUUGAGAAAUGUCCUAAUUGAUACAUUACAAUUGUUUGAUUGCUAUUGUAGGGGAUUUCAGAUAUGUAUGGAACACAUCUGCAUUAUUCAUUUCCUGGAACUCUUGGGGAAAUCUAUAUACAGGACUUUUCUUAACAUACAAAAGUCUGACUAAUUUUUAUAAACUCUUCCUUGGUCCAGUAAAAAUGUUCUAAUGUUAGCAUAUGUUAAGCUAAAUCUCAGAAACGAUCUCUAAAGAUACUAAAUCAGUUCUUUGUUUACUUUUAUAUGUUCGUGUAUGAUUUGUCGACAUCUUAUUUUGAAAAACGGAUGUUUCACGUGGUUCUUUACGCUAACUUUGCAAAACCGGAUGUUGUCACUUAAAUCCUUCCGCUAACUUCAUCAAAACCCUCGCGCGCUCCCGAUCGAAUGUGUUUACCGUGAGCAUCAGUCUCUAGGGGCUCAGACAUGUGAGAGUCGGCUGAGUUGACCCAGAGAUUCAACUCGGGGGACGGGGACGCCGCUCGGUGGUGAGGAUCCCCUCGUGGACCUCUCACUCUGCGGCCCUCGCCCUCGUUGUGUCUCCGCUGCGGUGCGCCUCUUUUCACACAUUAGCCCCCCCCCCCUGCUCUCACACACAGGCCAGCCUUCUUCUUCGGUUUUCGUCUCCUUUCUUCUUCUUCUGGAGUUAAUGUCGGUUAGCAAACCAGUCAUUCAGGCAUUACCGCUAACUAUAGUGGGCUGAAGUGUAGAACAAGUUUGUCAGCAACAAAAAUAUUUAAUAACAAAACCAAAAAAAAUCUGCUAAUUUACUGGUCGCGCAUGCGCGAGUUGAUGAAAAAUUUACUCGCACUGUGUCUAAUUUUAGGCGCAAAAUGCGACCAUUUGGUCGCAGUCUGGAGCCCUGUAGUGUUCUUUUUCUUUAUUUUGUUUUAAUAUUUUUUACUUAAUUGAUGUAAACUAUGUGUUCAUUCUUUUAUGGUUAAAAGCGACAAUGCUUUAACGUCACAACCACACGGUUAAAGUAUCCCCCGUCCCUCCAGGAUUUCAUUUUUAUUGUAACAUUUCAAACGGAUCAUCCAAACCAGGCGACUUUCAACAAUCUGGUUGAAGAGAUGUGGGUUAGAGAUGUAGCUCUGGCAUUAAUUGCGUGCUCUAACUUUCUAAGAUCACCUCGCUUGCGUCGUCGUGUUUUCGAGCUGAGCCAUAAACUAUACACCGUUUAGCGGGGCGUUGUAGCCGCUACUGUGUGUGAGUGCCGUCUUAUAUUGUCACCGCUUUUGUUUGUGCCUGGACGAUUAAUGUGGGACUUAAAAUGUCCAUUUGUUUUCUUAGCCAUACGGUAUGGUCUUUUUAUUGAGUUAGUCUAGAGCGUCAUCCUCCUAUUCCUUAGCAACAACAAAUGUAUCACAAUAUCAUGUAGAGUUAUGCAUACUAUUGACGACAUUUAUAAUGGUCGAGCGCGCGGUCUUGAGGCUCGGGUGUUAAAUGGAAAUCGAGCGAAGGUAAAUGUUAUCCAGAUUCAGCCCAAACAGGAAUAUUUGCUCAGUGAUCAACACGAGGGAGGGGGGGGGGGGAGUGGUAGAACCUCAGAACUCCUCAACACAGAUUUACAGAAUCAUUGUAAUCCAUCCCUUAUUUUCUUUUCUUCCUUGUCAAAGCGGUUGCUUUUAGAAAGACGUGUCGUGUAAGAAAAAUAAAUUUGAUUUAUACGAAGCUGUUAUGUAAAUAUUUAUUUAAAUAAUAAACGAUUUAAAACAA